GUGAGUGUACUGCACUGAGGAUAUUCUCCCAGAGGACCCCGUCCUUCCCUACGUCGUCAUCAAGAUGAACGUGACGUCGCUAUUCUCCUUCACCAGCCCGGCGGUGAAGAGGCUGCUGGGAUGGAAACAGGGGGAUGAGGAGGAGAAGUGGGCGGAGAAGGCAGUGGACGCCCUAGUGAAGAAACUGAAGAAGAGGAAGGGGACGAUGGAGGAGCUGGAGAUGGCUCUCAGCUGUCCCGGACAGCCCAGUAAGUGUGUGACCAUCCCUCGGUCGUUGGACGGUCGUCUCCAGGUGUCCCAUCGUAAAGGUCUCCCCCACGUCAUCUACUGCAGAGUGUGGAGAUGGCCCGACCUACAGUCUCAUCAUGAACUCAAGGCCUUGGAGUGCUGCCAAUUCCCCUUCACAGCCAAACACAAAGAUGUCUGUAUCAACCCCUACCACUAUAAGAGAGUGGACAGUCCUAUGCUGGCCCCUGUCCUGGUCCCUAGGAACAGUGACCUCACACCGAGGCCGGGGACGCAGCCCCGUUACCAUGGCGCCAUCGACCAGAACGAGCCUCUCAUGCCCCACAACGCCACUUUCCCAGAAUCCUUCCCUCCAGGCGGGGGCGGCAACGGAGGGUUGGCGUUCCCUUGUUCCCCUGGCAACAGCUUCCCCAGUUCGCCCGGCAGUGGGUCCAGCAGUAUCUCCGCGUUCCCCCACUCCCCACUUAGCUCCGACCCAGACAGCCCCUUCCAUGUCCCGGCUGACACCCCGCCCCCAGCCUACAUGCCUCCAGAUGAUUAUCUGAUUCAGGACUGCUCCCAGCCAAUGGAAACCAACCUCCUCGCCAUGCCAACCGGCCUGGAUACCAACAACAGGCCAGGUAACCAAGAUGUUCAGCCAGUAGCCUACGAGGAACCAAAACACUGGUGUUCUAUAGUGUACUAUGAGCUGAAUAACCGCGUGGGUGAGGCGUACCUGGCGUCAGACUCCAGUGUUCUGGUCGACGGCUUCACCGACCCGUCCAAUAACCGCAACCGCUUCUGCCUCGGCCUGCUGUCUAACGUCAACCGCAACUCGACCAUAGAGAACACACGCAGGCACAUCGGCAAAGGUGUCCACCUCUACUACGUAGGAGGUGAGGUGUAUGCAGAGUGUCUGAGUGACACCAGUAUCUUCGUUCAGAGUCGUAACUGUAACUAUCAUCACGGUUUCCACCCCACCACGGUGUGUAAGAUCCCUAGUGGCUGCAGUCUGAAGAUCUUUAACAACCAGGAAUUUGCCCAGCUACUGGCCCAGUCAGUGAACCACGGCUUUGAGGCUGUUUACGAGCUCACCAAGAUGUGUACCAUACGCAUGAGCUUCGUCAAGGGUUGGGGUGCAGAGUACCACCGCCAGGACGUGACCAGCACCCCCUGCUGGAUAGAGGUGCACCUGCACGGCCCUCUACAGUGGCUGGACAAAGUCCUCACACAGAUGGGCUCUCCCCACAACCCCAUCUCCUCCGUGUCCUAACACACACACAGCCUCUCGACGCCACAUGAUCAAAUGUUAUUUUUUAACUUUUUUUAAAUUUUUUUAUCUGCUGAGAGAGAGAGAAAACACAACACCGUUAUUCAUCAUCCCAUAUUACAAUAUCUGUCUUGACUGGAGUAGCCCAGAGAAUCAGCUAUGAAUAGCUAGGCUAAUUGAGGCCACAUGCUGCAAUUUCUACCCAACCCCAUUCAGACGAGAAUACAGCCCUCCUAUUGGUUACUCCCAACCCCAUUCAGAUGAGAAAACAUCAGCCCUCCUAUUGGUUACUCCCAACCCCAUUCAGAUGAGAAAACAUCAGCCCUCCUAUUGGUUACUCCCAACCCCAUUCAGAUGAGAAAACAGCCCUCCUAUUGGUUACUCCCAACCCCAUUCAGAUGAGAAAACAUCAGCCCUCCUAUUGGUUACUCCCAACCCCAUUUAGAUGAGAAAACAGCCCUCCUAUUGGUUACUCCCAACCCCAUUCAGAUGAGAAAACAUCAGCCCUCCUAUUGGUUACUCCCAACCCCAUUCAGAUGAGAAAACAUCCCUCCUAUUGGUUACUCCCAACCCCAUUCAGAUGAGAAAACAGCCCUCCUAUUGGUUACUCCCAACCCCAUUCAGAUGAGAAUACAUCAGCCUUCCUAUUGGUUACUCCCAACCCCAUUCAGAUGAGAAAACAUCAGCCCUCCUAUUGGUUACUCCCAACCCCAUUCAGAUGAGAAAACAUCAGCCUUCCUAUUGGUUACUCCCAACCCCAUUCAGAUGAGAAAACAUCAGCCCUCCUAUUGGUUACUCCCAACCCCAUUCAGAUGAGAACAUCAACCCUCCUAUUGGUUACUCCCAACCCCAUUCAGAUGAGAAAACAUCAGCCCUCCUAUUGGUUACUCCCAACCCCAUUCAGAUGAGAAAACAUCAGCCUUCCUAUUGGUUACUCCCAACCCCAUUCAGAUGAGAAAACAUCAGCCUUCCUAUUGGUUACUCCCAACCCCAUUCAGAUGAGAAAACAUCCCUCCUAUUGGUUACUCCCAACCCCAUUCAGAUGAGAAAACAUCCCUCCUAUUGGUUACUCCCAACCCCAUUCAGAUGAGAAAACAUCAGCCCUCCUAUUGGUUACUCCCAACCCCAUUCAGAUGAGAAAACAUCAGCCCUCCUAUUGGUUACUCCCAACCCCAUUCAGAUGAGAAUACAUCAGCCUUCCUAUUGGUUACUCCCAACCCCAUUCAGAUGAGAAAACAUCAGCCCUCCUAUUGGUUACUCCCAACCCCAUUCAGAUGAGAAAACAUCCCUCCUAUUGGUUACUCCCAACCCCAUUCAGAUGAGAAUACAUCAGCCCUCCUAUUGGUUACUCCCAACCCCAUUCAGAUGAGAAAACAUCAGCCCUGCUAUUGAUUACUCCCAACCCCAUUCAGAUGAGAAAACAGCCCUCCUAUUGGUUACUCCCAACCCCAUUCAGAUGAGAAAACAUCAGCCCUCCUAUUGGUUACUCCCAACCCCAUUCAGAUGAGAAAACAUCCCUCCUAUUGGUUACUCCCAACCCCAUUCAGAUGAGAAAACAUCAGCCCUGCUAUUGGUUACUCCCAACCCCAUUCAGAUGAGAAAACAGCCCUCCUAUUGGUUACUCCCAACCCCAUUUUUUGCUAGCUUUGAGUUCCCAUAUGUUAUUCCAUCUUGCAUUAGUGAACUCACUCCGCUUGCGUCACAUUGAGCCUCUUUGAUUGGCCAACAUAACAACAAGCUACACAGUAAAGGCUACCGGUCUUUUUUUUACGGGACCACAUUAUAAAAACUACCUUGAAAAGUUAGUGAAUAAUCUGAUAUUUCAUGGUAUAUCCUUGUAUGUAACAAUGUCACAUGGGCCAUUUAAUUUACCAUGACCAAGCUGGACAAUCAGGACUAUCUGGCCUCAAUCGGGACCGAGACAUCUGUGAUCGGCUAGCACUGCCUGGCCUCAAUCGGGACCGAGACAUCUGUGAUCGGCUAGCACUGCCUGGCCUCAAUCGGGACCGAGACAUCUGUGAUCGGCUAGCACUGCCUGGCCUCAAUCGGGACCGAGACAUCUGUGAUCGGCUAGCACUGCCUGGCCUCAAUCGGGACCGAGACAUCUGUGAUCGGCUAGCUCUGCCUGGCCUCAAUCAGGGCCGAGACAUCAUCUGUGAUCGGCUAGCUCUGCCUGGCCUCAAUCAGGGCCGAGACAUCACCUGUGAUCGGCUAGCACUGCCUGGCCUCAAUCAGGGCCGAGACAUCACCUGUGAUCGGCUAGCUCUGCCUGCCUAUAGAGCACCCUAUUCCCUACAUAGUGCACUACUUUAGACCCUGACCUAUGGAGCACCCUAUUCCCUACAUAGUACACUACUUUAGACCCUGGCCUAUAGGGCACCCUAUUCCCUACAUAUUCCCUAAUACAGUGUCUUGGACCAGGGUAGGGCACGAUGUUAGGAGAUAGGGGGCCAUAUUAGAAGGUGAAACUUUGUUAUUUUUGAUGUAUUAUGAUGUAUCUGAAUGUUUUUAUUCGUCAGCUACGACUACUAGUCAAUGUAUAUCCCAAAUGGCCCCCUAUUCCCUACAUAGUACACUACUUUAGACCCUGACCUAUAGGGCACCCUUUCCCUACAUAGUACACUACUUUAGACUCUGGGCUAUAGGGCACCCUAUUCCCUACAUAGUGCACUACUUUAGACCCUGACCUAUGGAGCACCCUAUUCCCUACAUAGUGCACUACUUUAGACCCUGGGCUAUAGGGCACCCUAUUCCCUACAUAGUACACUACUUUAGACCCUGACCUAUAGGGCACCCUAUUCCCUACAUAGUACACUACUUUAGACCCUGACCUAUAGGGCACCCUAUUCCCUACAUAGUACACUACUUUAGACCCUGGCCUAUAGGGCACCCUAUUCCCUACAUAGUACACCACUUUAGAUCAGGGCCUGUAGGGCACCCUAUUCCCUACAUAGUACACUACUUUAGACCCUGACCUAUAGGGCACCCUAUUCCCCACAUAGUACACUACUUUAGAUCCUGGCCUAUAGGGCACCCUAUUCCCUACAUAGUACACUACUUUAGACCCUGACCUAUAGGGCACCCUAUUCCCCACAUAGUACACUACUUUAGACCCUGACCUACAGGGCACCCUAUUCCCUACAUAGUACACUACUUUAGACCCUGACCUACAGGGCACCCUAUUCCCUACAUAGUACACUACUUUAGACCCUGACCUAUAGGGCACCCUAUCCCUACAUAGUACACUACUUUAGACCCUGACCAUUACAAACAGAUGUGCUGUCUGUUCCAUAAACACCUGUAGUUUAAUUUUUUAAAGUUUAAAUAAAAGCGAGCAUUUCUUAUUGGA